AUGGACCCCAACUGCUCCUGCGCCACUGGUGACUCCUGCACCUGCGCUGGCUCCUGCAAGUGCGAAGAGUGCAGAUGCACAUCCCGCAAGAAGAGCUGCUACUCCUGUUGUCCUGUGGGCUGUGCCAAGUGUGCCCAGGCCUGUGUCUGCAAAGAGGCAUUGGACAAGUGCAGCUGCUGCGCCUGAUGUCAGGAGACCCUAACCCCAGGUUGAGGUGGACUAACGAGUAUAAACCUGGAUUUU